AUGGGUGCGCGCGCUGCUCAACGACAGGCUCGAGGUGUAUCCCAGCCCGGUCAAGAUGAUCGUGUGCUGCAGGACGGUCGUGGCCACAGACACUCUCGCGACGGAGCUGAAAUGCGACGCAUACCAUCGAGAGGUCGGCACACAAGACGGGAAGGCCGAGAGGCUGCGGGCUCGACGCCGGACCACACGGGACUUGACUGCCGCACGGCACGGACGGGAUUCGGGUUGGCGCGCAAGACGUUCGACAUGGGGCUCCGAAUGCAGGCGUACUUCCGGAGAGAAGGGCCGAUAGAAAGGUUCGGCGGGUGGUACGACUGCUUUUUUCCUCAGGCGCUAUGCAGCCGAUGGGAGGAGGAGACGGUCGAGGGUGGGUGGCGGAGGAGAGAGGUAGGCAAGUGUUGA